AUGGAGUACCUGGGUCAUCACGUCGAUGAGUGCGGAGUAAAACCAUUGAAGGAAAGUGUGAGUAACAUCGCGAACUUGAAACCGCCAACAACUGUGAGGGAGGUCAGGUUCGUGUUGGAGACGGUCAAUUUUUACGCCAAGUUUAUACCUGGUGUGGCCCAUAUGCGCAAGCCGUUGAGUGACAUGCGCAAGAAGGGGGGCAAGUUCGUGUGGACAGAGAAAUGUCAACAAUCAUUUGAUAGCCUCAAGGCCGCACUUCCGGAUACUUCUACAACAAUAUCGAAGCCUUCGCAACCAGCAUCGUGCAAGGAAGUGUCGUCGAAUGUCUCGGGAGUGUAUGAGAUCCGCGUCAGUAACAGCAAUGCUUCAUUCGAAGUGUAUUGUGAACAAAAAAAGUUUGGCGGUGGUUGGAUCGUAGUACAAUAUCGCUUCAACGGUUCGGUUGAUUUUUAUCGGAAUUGGGAUGAAUAUCGCGAUGGGUUUGGAAAUCUGGACAGUGAAUUUUGGCUCGGGUUGGAAAAGAUGCAUCAGCUCACCAAAUCGCGCACUUAUGAAUUGAUAGUGGAGUUAAAAGAUUUUAGUGGCACUUAUAAGUACACACGUUACAAUGCGUUCGAAAUAGAUAGCGAGACUGAGCAAUACAAACUUAAGACGCUGGGAUCGUGGAUUAGUGGAAAUGCAGGAGACACCAUGACGUACUACAACAAGGGAAUGAAGUUCUCCACAAAAGAUCGGGAUAAUGAUGGGUCUUCCAAAACCCAUUGUGCUCAAGGUAGAGAAGGUGCCUGGUGGUAUGGGGAUUGCACCUAUGCGAAUUUGAACGGAAAGUAUAGCAAUUCGAUAGAUAUGAAAUCAAUGUUUUGGUAUUUUUUCAACGUCGAUUAUACCGGUUUGAGCUUCUCCAGGAUGAUGAUCCGCGAGUUCUAA